CCCCAUCAUUGCAGGGACGUGGAGCUGGUGGGAUCACACCAUGGCCUGGGUCCCUCUCCUCCUCGCGGUGCUCGCCCACACCUCAGGUUCUCUUGUCCAGGCAGCGCUGACUCAGCCGCCCUCAUUGUCUCACAGGGUGGGAGACACUGUCAAGAUCCCCUGCUCUGGGAGCAGCUACAACUGGUAUGACUGGUUCCAGCAGAAGGUCCCUGGCAGUGCCCCUGUCACUGUGAUCUAUGCUAAUAGCAACAGACCCUCGAACAUCCCUUCACGGUUCUCUGGAUCCAAGUCGGGCUCCACGGGCACAUUAACCAUCACUGGGGUCCAAGCCGAGGACGAGGGUGACUAUUACUGUGGUAGCAGGGACAGCAGCAGUGGUCCUUUUACAUUCGGGGCCGGGACCCGUGUGACCAUCAAAGGUUCCCUGGUCCAGGCAGCGCUGACUCAGCCGUCCUCAUUGUCUCACAGGGUGGGAGACACCGUCAAUAUCCCGUGUUCUGGGAGCAGUGGCAGCUAUGACUGGUUCCAGCAGAAGGUCCCGGGAAGUGCCCCCGUCACUGUGAUCUAUGAAAAUGACAACAGACCCUUAGACAUUCCUUUGCGAUUCUCUGGAUCCAAGUCCGGCUCCACGGGCACAUUAACCAUCACUGGGGUCCAACCCGAGGACGGGGCUGUCUAUUACUGUGGUAGCCACGACAGCAGCAGUAGUGCUGGUGUAUUUGGGGCCGGGACCAUGUUGACCAUCGCAGGCCUGCCCAAAACCCCUCCCACCCCCCACCUCUUCCCACUAUCCCCCGAGGAGUUCCGGAAGAGGAACACAGCCACCCUGGUGUGUCUGAUAUACGACCCCAACCCCAACCGUCUGGCAGUGGAAUGGGAGGCUGAUGGCACCAUCCUGACAAAUAACGUGCACACCAGACAGUCCGUGUGGCAGAGAGACAGGGAGUACCUAACCAGCAGCUACCUGUCACUGGAUGCCAGUGAGUGGCAAAGUUACAACUCAGUCUCCUGCAAGGUCAAGCACGAGGCUGGCAAUGUGGAGAAGACAGUGAACAGAUCCUAGUGCCCCUAAACCCACAGGAACCUCCUCGCCCCCACCGGCCCUUUGCUGGCUCCCUCCCUCCUCCCCACUUCUGGGGACAGCGGCUCCCCCCAGCCACACACCUCGCUCCCCAUGUACCCCUGUCCCCUGCUCCUGUUCCCCCACUCUGAGUGUCAGACAAAUAAAAACUGACACUGAACUAGUGCUGGCUCAGCA